AUGGCACUCUUGUUAAAGGAAAAAAUAGACGAAGGAAUAAAAUCGGUGAUGAGUGACGGUAGUCGGUGGUGGUGGGUGGUGAUAGGUGGCAAUGGUAGCGAUGGUCGGAGGUCGUGGCAGUGGGUGCCGGCGGCGGGUGGUGGCGGGGGCAGAGGUAGGUGGUGGCGACGACAAUGGUGGUGGGUGACGGGGACGGUGGUGGGUGACGGCGACGGUGGUGGUCGGUGGUGGAGGUGGGUGGUGGCUGGCGGCGGAGGCGGGGGUAGGUGGCAGCUGUGGCGCGAUGGUGUCAGGGGUGGUAGGUGGUGGCGAGUGACAGCGGGGGCGGAGGUGUGGAUGGUGGGUGACGGUUGGUAG